UACUACUAUUCCAACAACGGGAAGAAUCUCUCACCCUACUGCUCCAUUUCCAUGGCACACCAAAGCAAUCUUCCCUGCAACGGCGACGGCGUCUGCAUGGUUUGCCAGACCAAGCCACCCGAAGCCGAGAUUUUGUGCUGCAAGACCUGUGUCAGCCCCUGGCACGCCACUUGUCUAUCUAUUCCUCUCGAAACCCUAGCUGGCGCUGUAGAGUGGGAGUGCCCUGAUUGCUCCUCGCUUUCUGCCAAUCAUGAGAUUCCCCUCGCCACUACAGCGGAAUCCUCAUCUUCAAACCUCCUCAUUGCUUCGAUUCGAGCAAUCGAGUCGGACCAGUCACUCACAGAUCAAGAAAAGGCUAAGAGACGGCAAAACGUCAUGAGCGGAGGCCUUGGAUCUUCGCCACCCGAGGAAAACGUAUCCAAUAAUGAGACGAUAAAUGGAGAUGACAACAGUUCUGUCAAUCUUCUUGAUGGACGAAUAAACUGCUCAAUUUGCAUGCAGCUUCCAGAAAGGCCAAUCACUACUCCAUGUGGUCAUAAUUUUUGCCUGAAGUGCUUUCAGAAAUGGGUUGGGCUAGGAAAGCGUAGUUGUGCAAAUUGUCGUAGUGAAAUUCCACCCAAAAUGGUAACUAAUCCUCGAAUAAACUCAGUUCUCGCUGUAACUAUUCGAAUGGCCAAAGUUUCAACAAAUGCCCCUGGAGUUGGUGAAAAAAAACUAUACCAUUUUGUCCACAACCAAAACCGACCUGAGAAAGCUUAUACCACUGAACGUGCAAAGAAGGCUGGAAAAGCCAAUGCUUGUAGUGGAAAGAUUUUUGUGACAGUUCCACCUGAUUAUUUUGGGCCAAUAUUAGCAGAAAAUGAUCCAGACAGGAAUCAAGGUAUCUUGGUUGGUGAAACAUGGGAGGACCGAAUGGAAUGCAGACAAUGGGGAGCUCACCUUCCUCAUAUUGCUGGAAUUGCCGGGCAGGCAGAUUGUGGCUCUCAGUCAGUGGCACUUUCUGGAGGUUAUGUAGAUGACGAGGACCAUGGCGAGUGGUUCCUCUACACUGGAAGUGGUGGAAGGGACCUCACUGGCAACAAACGUACAAAUAAGAUUCAGUCAUCUGAUCAGAAAUUUGAGAAACUUAAUGAGGCAUUACGAAUUAGUUGUAAAAAAGGUUAUCCCGUUCGAGUUGUGAGGUCUCACAAAGAGAAACGUUCCUUCUAUGCCCCUGAAACAGGUGUAAGAUAUGAUGGUGUUUACAGGAUUGAAAAAUGCUGGCGCAAAAUUGGAGUCCAUGGAUUCAAGGUCUGCAGAUACCUUUUUGUUCGAUGUGACAAUGUUCCUGCCCCAUGGACAAGUGAUGAACAUGGGGAUCGCCCAAGGUCCUUGCCAGAAAUUAAAGAGCUGAAGAAAGCAACUGAUGUUACUGAACGAAAGGAAUCACCUUCUUGGGACUAUGAUGAAGAAAAAAGCUGCUGGAUGUGGAAGAAGCCUCCUCCAGAAAGUAGACGAAGAGGGAAUGAUGGAAGUGUAUAUGUGAAAACCAAUACUAAACGUCGAACACAGGCUAUGACUGUACGAGAACGUCUUCUCAAGGAGUUCAAUUGCUUAAUCUGCAAAAAAGUGAUGAGCUUUCCCCUCACUACUCCAUGUGCUCAUAAUUUCUGCAAGGCCUGCUUGGAGGGUGCAUUUACUGGUCAGGCUUUUAUAAAAGAAAGGACAUGUAAUGGCAGGCGUAACUUGCGAGCACAGAAGACCAUAAUGAAAUGCCCAUCUUGCUCAAUUGACAUUUCUGACUUUCUUCAGAAUCCUCAAGUUAAUAGGGAGUUGAUGGGAGUGAUAGAAUCCCUCCAGCAUGAGAGCAAAAUAGAAUCAGAAAGCAAUGAUCCAAGUGAAGAAGAAACCAAUGAUGGUGGUGCUGAGAAGAAGUUGAAAUUGGUUUCAGAAGAGGCAGAGUCUUCUGUUACGAUAUUGGCUUCCUAAAGCAAUAGUAACAAGUAAAAGAAAAUAUCUUUUAUUCUCCAUAGAUAAUGAGAGGUUGAAUGAAGUGGUGAAAAUCUUGUUUUUUUUUAAAGGGGUAGUAUGGUUUCAAAACUCAUGAUCAUUUAAGAACUGCAAGCACAAAUGGGCUCUCUAAAAUUUUUGUUAGACAAUUAGAGGUUGAAUCUUGUUUCUAUUUUGGGUAAGGUUUGAUUGAUGAUGAAUAUGCUUGAAUGUUGAAACCCUGUUUGCUGAUUAAAAAGGAAAGGUUUCUGGAUUUUU